AUGACGGCCCCGAACCCUCCCGUCAUCUCCUACACCUUAGGCAGAGACGGCUUUGACGCCAGCGAGCUGCAGCCCAUGGAGCAAGAUAUCCGCAACUUCGUCAACGGGUUCGAGGCCGGGUAUAGACCAAACGUAGUCUUCAUCGAGUAAGCUCCGCUCCGCUCCUUGUUUUUUCCCUCUCUCUCUCUCUCUCUCUCUCUCUCUGGAUUGUUCAAGAAAGAUUCUGACAACACUCGCACACAUUAGAAGCCGCAAAAUCACCAAGACGCCGGGCAAAGCGGAAUACUAUCUUCUGGCCAAAUGGACUCGCAAGAAUCAGGUUGCCAUGCAGAAGUUUGUGCCUAUUCGUGAGGUGAGUGGAAGGGAGUCUUUUUUUUUUUGGUCUGGUGUGAGUGGGAAUUGAGCUGCUGACGAUGUGGGUAUAGCAAUCUGUGUCGCAGAGGCAUCGGAUGGAUUAG